AUGACUACCCCAGCUUCAACUGCUGAUGCAGCGUUUGUCACAACUCCAUUGACAACAACAACUACCACUGCUCCACCCACCACUCCUGAAACCACUACCACUGCUCCACCCACCACACCUGAAACCACUACCACUGCUCCGCCCACCUCACCUGAAACAACUAUCCCGGCUUCAACCAUAAAUGCAGUGUUUGUCACAACUCCAUUGACAACAACAACUACCACUGCUCCACCAGCCACGCCUAACACAACUACCUCAGCUUCAACUGGUGAUGCACCCUUUGUCACAACUCCAUUGACAACAACAACUACCACUGCUCCACCCACCACACCUGAAACAACUACCACUGCUCCAACCACCACACCUGGAACAACUACCACUACUCCACCCACCACACCUGAAACAACUACUACUGCUCCAACCAACACAACGGAGACAACUACCACUGCUCCACCCACCACACCUGGAAGCACUACCACUGCUCCACCUACCACACCUGAAACAACUACCACUACUCCAACCACCACACCUGACACAACCACCCCACCUUCAACCAGUGAUGCACCAUUUGUCACAACUCCUUUGACAACAACAACAACAACUACCACUGCUCCACCCAUCACAACGGAUACAACUACCCCCGCUUCAACCAGUGAUGCACCAUUUGUCACAACUCCAUUGACAACAACAACUACCACUGCUCCACCCACCACACCUGAAACAACUACCACUGCUCCAACCACCACACCUGGAACAACUACAACUACUCCACCCACCACACCUGAAACAACUACUACUGCUCCAACCAACACAACGGAGACAACUACCACUGCUCCACCCACCACACCUGGAAGCACUACCACUGCUCCACCUACCACACCUGAAACAACUACCACUACUCCAACCACCACACCUGACACAACCACCCCACCUUCAACCAGUGAUGCACCAUUUGUCACAACUCCUUUGACAACAACAACUACCACUUCUUCACCCACCACACCUGAAACAACAACCACUGCUCCACCCACCACACCUGAAACCACUACCACUGCUUCACCCACCACACCUGAAACCACUAUCACUGCUCCACCCACCACAACGGAUACAACAACCACUGCUCCACUCACCACGCCUGAAACGACUACCACUGCUCCACCCACCACACUGAAUACAACUACCCCAGCUUCAACUGGUGAUGCAGCGUUUGUCACAACUUCAUUGACAACAACAACAACUACCACUGCUGCAUCCACCACACCUGAAACCACUACCACUGCUGCAUCCACCACACCUGAAACCACUACCACUGCUGCAUCCACCACACCUGAAACAACUACCACUGCUCCACCAGCCACGCCUGACACAACUACCCCAGCUUCAACUGGUGAUGCAGCAUUUGUCACAACUCCAUUGACAACAACCACUGCUGCACCCACCACACCUGAAACCACUACCACUGCUCCACCCACC